AUGAGGGCAUAUGCUACGAUUCUAGUUGUCCUAGCGGCAUUCUUGUCGACCGCCACGGCACAGUUUGGCUUCUUUGACCAGAUGUUCGGUGGAGGAGGCCAGCAGCAGCGCCAACAACCACAGAACGUUCCGAGCGACUCGACUAUUUACAGACAAAACUUUGAGUCAUUCACUUGUGACAACUACUUGUGCCCUGAUACUCUUGCUUGUGUACACUUCCCGCACCAUUGCCCCUGCCCAUUUCCUGCCAACGAGGAUAAGAUCGAGACCAGCGACGGUCACCGACUAUGCGUAUCCAAGGGCGGGUUCAAGACUGGAGAGGCGGCGCGCAAGGUCGAGCUGGCGAGGAAGGGUCUACUAUAA